UAUGGGCCUUAUGUACCGGAGAGCAUCAUUAUCACUGCUCCGACAUAUAUAAAAGCUGAUCUCAAAACCCUAGCCGUCUCUCCGUGCUUCUCUUUCACUGAGACAGGAGACCUCGGCAGCAUCAUCUCUAUCAGGAACAAUGGCUGCCCCUCUGCUGUCGAAGAAGAUCGUGAAGAAGCGCGUGAAGAAGUUCAAGAGGCCACAGAGUGACCGCAAGAUCUCUGUUAAGCCAAACUGGAGAAGGCCCAAGGGUAUUGACUCGCGUGUUAGGAGAAAGUUCAAGGGAUGCACUCUGAUGCCCAACAUUGGUUAUGGCUCGGACAAGAAGACCCGCCACUACCUCCCCAACGGAUUCAAGAAGUUUGUCGUGCACAAUGUCAAGGAGCUUGAACUCUUGAUGAUGCACAACAGGAAUUACUGUGCUGAGAUUGCCCACAAUGUCUCGACGAGGAAGAGAAAGGAUAUCGUCGAACGGGCAGCUCAGCUCGAUGUGGUCGUCACCAACAAGCUCGCCAGGUUGCGGAGCCAGGAGGACGAGUGAACUUAGGUACAAGAUGAAGAUACAUUCAAGUUUUUGUUAUGAAAACGUGUCACUUCGUAUCUUCUUGGACAAAAGUUCGCACUAUGAUUUUGUUUCAGCUUCAGUAUUUGACUCGCUCUAUUCUUAAAUUUAUGUACGGUCAGAGUUGCGAACCUGCUGCAAUUUUGGAUUAUCAAUGCUUCUUUAUCAAAGUUGUUGCGAAGCCUCUGAA